UAACUUGUGUUAUUGGUGUCGUAUCUGUGGUCGGAUCAUUGUAUAUCAAGACGUAACAUGGGCUCGUUGAUUGUAGUAGAUUAAUACGAUCUUUGUUUUAGAUUAACCGUGCUUAACAUAGAUGCUGCCUGGGUUCACAUUUGCUUGCAAGUUACACACUCACAGACAUGCAGUGGUUCUCUAGUCCGAUUCCACAAGCCAUUGCGGAGUCGAAGCGGCUGAAUCUUCCUUUUCUCGUCUACAUUUCAGGAGAAGAUGAAGAUUCGCAGCACAUGCUGGAGACAUGGGAAUCAGAUGAAAUACGCAGCAUUUGUCAGUCUGACAAGUGUGUCCCAAUCAAGAUAGCAGCAAACAGCCCAACAAGUGAGCAGUUUGCAGCCAUCUAUCCUAUCGUGUGUAUUCCAUCCACAUUUGUGAUUGGUCAGUCAGGCUUGCCACUAGAGGUCGUUGGGGGCUACCUGCCAGUAGCCGAUUUCAGUGAGCGACUUCAAAAAGCAUUCAAGCUGUUUCAGGGUGAACUGAAUCGAACAACCCCGACAGCAGAUUUAACACAGCAGCCAGAACAAUCAAUAGCACAGCCUGGAGAUAUGGCUGAGCAGCCAGAUGAUGCAGCAUGUCAACAAGGAGCUACCAUCGACCAGACAGGUGAUACUGAAGGACAGGCAGAUGAUUCAGCGGAGCAACCAGGGACUGCUGCGGGGACCUCUGGUGAACAGUCCGAGAAGGAGCGACAGGAGAGAUUAGAGAGAGCACAGCAGUUAGUUGAGCAGAUUCAAGUCCAGAAACUCCAGAAAGAAAAAGAGGAAGAAAAGCGGAAGGAGAUUGAGAGACGUAACGUCGGUAGAGGUGUACAGCAACUGAGAGCAACGCAGAAAGAGCUGGAAAUGAAGAGAGAUGCCGAGGAGCGGAAAAAAGACAAACAGGAGGAGCGGGUGGCUCGUGAGCGGAUCCGACAACAGAUAGCCGAGGACAGGGCAGAUAAAACUGCAAGGUUUCAGCAGAUGGCCCAGGACAGGGAGACAGAGGCACAGGAUGCUAAACGCAGGAAGCUGCAGGAGGAGCAAAAGGCCGCAGCAGCACGCAAUGCCGCCAGCAGUAACUCUGCCAGGCUGCAGUUCCGGUUGCCAGAUGGAGGUUACCUGACACACACGUUUGCUGCUGGAGACAGGUUUCAGGAGGCAGUUGACUACGUUAGACAGGAGGUUGGAAACAAGUAUGGCAAGUACGUCUUGAAGAUGAGUUUCCCCAAGCGAGAUUUCCAGCCAAGCGACUAUUCCCAGACGAUGAGAGACCUGGAGUUAGCCCCCUCUGCAGUCCUGUUGCUGGUACCUGGUGCACAGAGGAACGUGUUGCCAGCGAGGGCCACUGGUGAUGGAAGUUUCUUCUGGAUGGUGCUUGCUCCUUUCUUUGCAAUCUUCAACUUCAUGCGAAGGCUGGUGUUCGGGGACUCCCCUCCACCGACGCCACCUAGUGACACCAUUCCAGCAGGCAGAGUAAAUGUCCCAACAGAUAGUGAUCGUAGGAGGGUGCCAACCUCUGCUUACAGCACCUACAGGGAGGGUAACUUGACAAGGUUACGUAACGUGGAGGGCGAUGAUGAUGACGGCAGCACCUGGAAUGGCAACUCCACGCAGCAGCUGUGAGGCCGUUAUGGACGCGUGAGGUGAAGUGAUGCGUACUGACUAGCUCUCCCAUGCUGCACUGGUUUUGCAGAGAGACCGUGAGGGAUGAAUGCAACAAGAGAUGAAAUGUGGAUCCCGAUUGAAUCAUACUCUCGUGCUUCUCAGUAGCUUGUUGCAUCCGCUCCAGGUGGCUAAGUCGAACGGCCGUGUCUAGUACAAUGACGAGUGUACACUAUCGUAACCACUGCUGUGUUGAUAGACAGAGAUGUAGAGGGCAGCACCUGCGGUCUGUACGUUAUUGGUAGCAUGGUCAGUCACUGGUGGCAGUGUCAUGUUAUCCUGACCUCCGUGAGAAAACUGGCAGAGGCAAUCAAGUUCAGGUCGCAUGCAGUGUGAGCAGUGGCGAUUUCUGUGCGAUUUCUUUCGUGACAUUAUAUUUUCUAUUUGUAUUUCAGUCUUCAUCGUGCCAUUAAACGAACGGCGUAAUAUUGUAAUAUGUGUGAAAGGCUGUGUGUAGUAUUUCUUAAUGCUAUAACACGGGUUGAGUAUGAAUUUUACGGUUGCUUCCUUUUAUGUCACUGGAAACUGCAUGCACAGAUUAAUAAACAACCAUGUACUGCUUGCUAGACGAGACAA